AUGGAUACGGAUGCAAAGGAUGGCAAUAUGAAGGGAGGGGAUGGUGGGGUUGAAGAUUCGGAUGAUGAUGAGGUUACGGAGGUGGGGUUGAACCGCCCUCUAAAGCAAAAGGAGGUUCGACAGAUUGUGAAAGAAUAUAAUAUGAGUUUCUGUGCUAUUUUAGAGUCUCAUGUUGAUGUGGGUAACCUUAAUAAAGUUUGUAAAUCUGUUUUUCUAAACUGGGAUUGGACUUCUAAUGGUGGCCAAUGUGAUAAAGGUACUCGUAUUAUUAUUGGCUGGAAUCCGGAAGUUUUUGAUGUUAUGGUGUUGAAUCAAACCUCUCAGGUUAUGCAUGUCCAAAUUUGGUUUAAGGCUGAUAGUAAGAUGGUGUUUUGUUCGAUAGUAUAUGCGGCUAAUUACUAUGUUACUAGAAGGGAUCUAUGGCAACAACUCUCCAUGCAGAAAGUCUUGGUUGGCAACCAACCAUGGAUUGUUAUGGGUGAUUUUAACUCGGCUCUAAAUAUUGAAGACAAAUCGCUAGGAGCCUCUUCGAUCUCGGCUGGUAUGAGAGAAUUCCAAAAUUGUGUUGAUGAUAUAGAAGUUUUCGAUAUUAAUAGUUCGGGGCUUCAUUUUACAUGGAAUCAAAAACCAAAGGAGGGGGUGAGUUUGCUUAAGAAAAUUGAUAGAGUGUUGGUUAAUACCCAGUUUGUAGUUGAGUAUCCUAGCUCGAUUGCUAUAUUUCACCCUUACAGGACUUGGGAACUUGACAUAGAUGGUGCGCAACAAUUUCGGGUGUUUAAGAAACUUCGAGCACUAAAAACGCCACUUAGAGCCCUUCUCUUCAAGCAGGGUAAGUUGCAUCGGAAUGUUAAUGACCUUCGAUCUAAGUUGGAUGGUAUUCAAAGUCUCAUUGACACGAACCCGUUAAAUGUAGACUUAAGGGCCGAAGAGUCCUUUAUUUUGCGUGACUACCAGGAAGCUUGUUUGGAUGAGGAAAGGUUUCUGAAGCAAAGGUCAAAAGUGGAUUGGUUACACGCGGGAGACAUGAAUACGACUUUCUUUCACUCGUCUCUAAAGUCUAGAAAUCAUAGAAGUCGGAUUAAUGUCAUUAAAGACUCGAGUGGUAUGAUUUAUGAAGGAGAGGAUGUUCAACUCGCACUAGUAACGGCCGAUGAGGUUAGAAAGGCUAUGUUCUCAAUUGGGAUUGACAAGACCCCAGGUCCGGAUGGGUAUUCCUCAGCUUUUUUCAAGGGUGCUUGGUCGGUUAUAGAUGAAGAUGUGUCGAACGCAAUUAUUGACUUCUUUUCCACGGGUAAGCUUUUGCGAGAAUUAAACCAUACGCUCAUUGUGUUAGUGCCGAAAAUAGCUACACCCUGUAUUGUUACUGAUUACCGGCCUAUAGCGUGUUGCAAUGUUAUGUAUAAGUGUAUCAGUAAAAUUCUAGCUGAUCGUCUUAAAGUGGCUCUGAAUAUGAUUGUUAAUGUCAACCAGUCGGCUUUUGUUCCGGGGCGGAAAAUUUCGGACAACAUAUUACUUACUCAGGAACUCAUGCAUAACUAUCAUAGAAAUGUUGGCCCUCCUCGAUGUGCGUUUAAAGUAGACAUCCAAAAAGCUUAUGAUACGGUUGAUUGGAGAUUCCUUAAAAGGGCUUUGAUUGGUUUUGGGUUUGUGGGUAAGAUGGUUGAGUGGAUUAUGAGUUGUGUGUCUACGCCAACUUACUCUGUAUGUGUUGAUGGUAAUAUCCAUGGCUAUUUUAAAGGUCAACGUGGAUUGAGACAAGGGGACCCUAUAUCUCCUUACCUUUUUAUGCUUGUUAUGGCGAUCUUGACAGGUAUUUUACAUCACGAGACCAGGAUGGAUUCAUUGUUUAGAUUUCAUAAUAGAUGUGAGAAACAACAGAUUGUUAACUUAUGCUUUGCGGAUGACCUUUUCUUGUUUGCUAGAGGGGAUGUCAACUCGGCCAAGUGCAUCAUGGCGUCUUUAUCCAAAUUUACUAACAUGUCUGGUUUGGUUCCCAGCGUUCAGAAGAGUACGGUAUUUUUUUGCAAUGUCACUCAUCCUUUGAAGACUGCUAUUCUUAGUGUUAUGCCUUUUGUGGAAGGCUCUCUCCCGGUUAGAUAUCUGGGGGUUCCGCUUAUUUCAACAAGGCUUCAAUAUAAGGACUGUAGUAUUCUGGUUGAGAAGUUAGAAAAACGCAUCACAAACUGGAGGAAUAAGCUGCUUUCUUUUGCUGGGCGUUUGCAGCUUAUUUUGUCGGUCCUAUCUUCUAUGCAUAUUUACUGGUCUUCAAAAGGGAAAGCGAAGGUGUCCUGGAAUUCGGUUUGCACUCCAAAGUAUGAAGGGGGUUUGGGUAUUCGUUGUAUUGGAGAUGUUAAUAAAGCACUCAUGGCAAAUCAUGUUUGGGGUGUCAUUACUAAACGUAGAUCUCUUUGGGUUGAUUGGGUGCAUGACUACAAAUUAAAAGGCUUCAGAUUGGAUGACACAGUUGCUGAUAUUCAAUCUGCGGGUGUUUGGCGAUGGCCCACGGCGUGGAGAGACUUGUUUCCCGUUCUUAUCCAAAGAGCUGGAGGUGGAGUGGACGAAAAUAGUUUGGUUUGGGCAUUGCAUCCCGAGACAUUCUUUCCUGAUGUGGCUGAUUAUGAGAAAGAAAUUACUCACACAAGAUAUUAUUCUUCAAUGGGAUCUCUCGAGGAGGAAGAAUAUGAAUAUGAUGUGCUGCUUACUAUGUGCCGGUCAAAGUUAGCGGAUGAUUAUGUUAGCAGGAUUUUGGUGGCGGCUACCGCUUACUUCAUAUGGCAUGAACGUAAUUCUAGACCCUUCAAGAACCAAUUGAGACCUCCAGAGCAAGUCUAUGACGCGAUAAUAAAGACCGUUCGAUAUAAACUUAUGGGAAUGAAGAUGAAGCGGACUGAAAGAGUGCGAUGGCUUCUAGUUGAUUGGGGGAUUUCGGAUGCUGACAUAAAUGGCGAUGGCGAGUGA